AUGGACUAUCUUGGCGAAGAAACCUAUCCCGAGCCUCCAGGUCCCAUAACCACCCUCUCCCAACCACAUCCUCAACCUCACAUUUCACCACCACCACCACCACCACCGCCCCCUCCACCAGCACAGUACACACUCCCUCAUACGCCCGAUCAAAAUGGGCCUCCUCAGACCUACUCCCCUUCACCCUCUCCCUACAUCCCUCCACCCAACAGCGACGACCCCUACAAUGGCAUGCCCCCUCCCCCCGCAGCAAUCUACCCCGACCUUCCCACCCUCAUGGCCGCUUGCCAAGAGCAUGGCCGCCGCCACGGCUACGCCUGCGUCACCUCCUCCAACAACUACAAGCGCGGCAUCGCCUACGUCCGCUGUGACCGCGGCGGCGAAUACGUGAACCACUGGAACGUGACCCCCGAGUCGCGCGUUCGCAAGAAUCGCACGCGCAGACUGGUCGGGUGUAAGUGGAAAGCGCGCGCGAAACGGAUUGGGUCGGAGGAGAGCGGUGGAGCGGCAGACUCGGGGCAAGAGGGAGGUGGAGAUGGGGGAGGAAAUGGGGAGGGGAGGGACGGGGGAGGAUGGCAGUUGACUAUGAUGGAGGAUAAGCAUACGGGACAUGGGCCGAGUGAGGAUUUGAGCAGUCAUCCGAGUCUGAGGCAGUUACCUGAGAAUGCGGUGGGGGAGGCGAAGAGAGCUUUUGAAGAGGGAAGGACGCCAAAGGAGGUGUUGGAGAGAUUGAAAGCGUGGAAUGCGGCGGUGACGGCGCAGGAUGUGUAUAAUUUGAAAGCGAAGAUUGCGAGGAGGGAUGGUGGGAUGAAGGAGAAGGCGACGCCUUUGAAGGGCAAGGGAGCGCUGAGGGGGAGGACGGUGGCUAUCCAUGAGGGGGUCGGAGGAGCUAGGGAGGGGGAGGGUGUGGUGGAUUCGGCGUUGAGGGUGCAGGAUCCCAACGUGGGGAAUUUGGGACAGUUGACUGCUGCUGUUGCGCAGAUGCAGGAACCGGAGCAUUUGAGGGAACGGGAGCAGAUGGGACAGGCCAUAGAAAAUGGGCAGGCGGCAAGGGGGAAGUGUGGCUGUACUUGCUGUGAGCAUUGA